UACUAUAUAGCCUAGCUUUAUGCUAUAAACUUACCAGCAAACAACACUGCCAGUUGUUUUUCGAGGUGAUAGCUUGUUGCCUUGUGCCGAGAAUAACGUAGAGAACCAAAAGCUCGUCAAUCGCGGUGGUUGUCCAAGUGCUCAAAAAGCCGAUUCAUCGUUUCGGUCGGGAGAAGGACAGUAUCAAGUGGCAUAACUUUUACAAAUAGUGAUACCCGGAUGCAAAAUGGCGCUAGAGGCCAGCAUUCAGAGUUGUCGAAUGGUAGUCAGGAGAGUGCGUUUGACACAGCGGCUUCCUUGAAGAGGUCGAGGCUGACUAGGAACAACGCAGAUCAGGGCGUGCACUGUCCGCUUUCUCUUGGCUCAGAAGAAGUGGUGCCAAUUUUGAUUGAAGCAGAGGGCUGCGAUGCAGAGAUUCAGGAGCUGGCGGCGUGUGAGCCUUACGUCAAGUGUUCGAAAAGGGGUAGCGGGGAAGUGGAGGGUACAGAUGGUGAUUUUUUGCUAAAUUUCGAUGAGUACGACAAUGGUACAGAUGUACAAAAGUCCGUCCAUUCUAGGCUAAAGAGACUGAGGCGCAGACAGACCGAUGAAGACGAUUCGGACUCGAAUGGCGUUGGCGACGUGGGUACCAUUAGCGAGGACGAGGAAGAAAGCAUGCAGGGCAAUUCUGAAUUUGACAAGGUUUUGAAGCAAUGUUCUAGAUAUUCUAGGCGGCUGGACCGUUUGCUGUCUAGCAAGCUUCAAAGUGGUGAGAACGCGCUCGAGGGACAGCCGAAGGCCCUGAAGCGUCAGUUGAAGGAUUACCAAGUUGCUGGCGUAAACUGGUUGUACACGUUGCAUAACGAGGGGCUUGGGUGUAUUUUAGCGGAUGAGAUGGGCUUGGGAAAGACCGUGCAGACGAUUUCGUUGUUGACGUUGCUGAAGGAAAAGGGCCAUUUGUUUAGUCACAUUAUUAUUGUGCCAGCGUCGACUAUAAGCAAUUGGAUGCGCGAGUUUUCAAACUGGUCGGAUUCUCUGAAGGUUUUGAUGUACUACGGCACUAAAAAUGAGCGAUACGACCUCCGAAUGAACAUUCUAGUUCACGAUGCCAAGUACAAAAAAAAGCAGGUUGACAAAGAGUAUCCGUUCGAUGUUUUAAUUACCACUUUCCAGACGGCCAGCGGCAAGUCCGACUACAAGUUUUUGAGAAAGUUGAACUUUCACUACUUGAUAGUUGACGAGGCGCAAAUGUUGAAGGGAAAAGACACGAGUCGAUAUGCCUACUUGUUUCGAAUCAAUUCGCAGCGAAGGCUUUUGAUCACAGGUACGCCGUUGCAGAACAAUCUGAAUGAGCUUAGCGCCCUGCUUCGUUUUAUUAUGCCGGAUUUGUUUUCCUCUCUGCAUAGCAGCAAGUUGUCGCAAGAGGUCAAGGUGAUUAUGAACGACUGGAAGGAUGUAUCCGAGUGCGAGUACGUGCACAGUAUGAAGCGCAUUUUGAAGCCGUUUAUUCUGCGCCGUUUGAAGAACGAGAUAGGAUUGGGGUUGGAGCCCAAGAAGCACAAGCUGGUCAAGAUCAAGAUGCCUCCUGUUCAGCACAAACUAUACACAGAAUGCUUCGCGUCGACUGAACUUAGUCUGAAGCAGUGCGGGUAUAAUAAUGCUGUCGCGGAGAGGGGUCAGGGGGAGGUCGAGGAGGUGCUGCCCAACACCGACAGUCCUGAAACCGGCGCGCCUCGAGCGUCCGGAGCAGGAUUUAUGAACAACAUGCUCAUGCAAUUGAGGAAAGUGAGCAAUCAUCCGAUACUUGUUCGGACGUUUUAUUCAGACGAAGCCAUCGAAACGCUCGCCCGCUACGCUCAACGCAGUGAUCCCUCUCUGUUCAAGCUUUGUAUUGACGAGAUUGUUAAUGAUUUCACUUUUCUUUCUGACUUUGAGCUUCACAAACUUUCCUUGAAGAGCCCUGCUCUCAGGAAGUAUUCGCUGACUCGAAACCAGUUAUUUAAGAGCAGCGGAAAGUUGUUGGUACUCGCCAAGCUCUUGCCAACGCUGAAAGAGCAGGGCCACCGCGUCAUCAUAUUUUCCCAAUUUACGACAGUUCUUGACAUUUUGGAGCUCUUUUUGACUCAGUACUUGGACAUGCGAUACGUUCGCUUGGAUGGCACCACUCCCAUCAAUGAGAGGCAGUCCGUCAUCGAUCUUUACAACACCGAGACAGAAAGCUAUUUUAUCUUUUUGUUGACGACACUGGCGGGCGGCUUGGGCAUCAAUUUGACCUCCGCCGACACGGUUAUCUUUCACGACAUCUCGUACAAUCCGCAAGUCGACAGGCAGGCAGAAGACCGUUGCCACCGCCUGGGACAGACGAAGCAGGUCACCAUUUACAUUCUAGUGGCCGUUAGCACGGUCGAGGAACACAUGUACAACAUGGCCAUUAGAAAAACUGAACUCAACGACCUUGUCUUGAACGAGGGCAAGUUCGCCGAAGACGAAGUCGGAGACAAGGAGAGCCCGGCCCUGAUGCAGAACUUGGUCAAAGCCAUGUUCGACACCUCUCGCCAAACGCAGGCUCCUACGGCCGAAGCAAACGACGACGUAGACUUCGAUAUCAUAGACAUAACAAAAAGUUAACCAUCGUGGCUCUGCUUUCUCUCGCAGACCUCGUCUUUCAUGCGCGCCGGACUCAAGGGCGAGGUGUCGGCAUUCGCCUAAAAGCGAAUCACAGGUUCUCCUCGAUCAACUUGGGUGUGGUGCAUUCAGGUUGUCUGCUCGGCUACAAGGUUUUAAAAAUAAAAUUUUGAUUUGUCAUUUGACAGUGUCCCCCUCAGACCGCGGUUGUUUCACCCCUUCCGCUUUUCCUUCGAACCGGAGCUACGGUUCCGCGUAUUUCUUGCGGAAAAGAACCAACCAUCCGAAGUGACGAGGCGCUGCUGGCAAAGCCGA